CUCCGAGUGUACCUUCAGAAACGCCAUUCACGCGGCUUUCCCCCAUUUACUAGCAGCUUCUCCCAACAGAAAUCAUAUGUAAUUUUCUCGGCGAAUUCGCUUUUCCUAUGCGUACUUGUGUUAUAAAUUACUUGGUGAUUUUGCGUAGACGUUUUCAUUUAGUAUAGAGCUUCACCAACCCGGCCUUUGGGGUCGCGGGGCCACCCAUUGAUGACCGAAUCUAUCGCCAUAUCGUUUGAACCCUACCCAGGCCAGCCGAUGCCCAAGGGCUCUGCGGUUGUUGCCAAUGACAUCAUUGCCUUCUACGCUAUACACUCUGCUGCCAUACUCGCAAUAUCCUUGUCUUUGAUCGGCUGUACAUUUGUCAUUGGAAGGAGUUUGUAUCUACGAAGCUUUGCAACGUUGUAUGAACGGUUUCCUCUAUACUUGGCCUUUGCGGACCUUAUGUUUGCAGCCACCCACAUAGCAGACCAUCUGCAAGUGGUCGUCACCAAGCACUACCCAUCACCGACCUAUUGUAGACUACUGGGCGUCCUCGUUGCUCUCGGAUGGGGUUACUCAAUGUUAGUCAAUGCAAGCCUUGCGGCGCAGUGUUGGUUACGAACCGUAAAGCACAUUCAUCUGGAUCUCGGGGCGUACGAAUGGAAGCUCCAGGCGCUGGUACUGACGUUCUUGACUCUCAUGAUAUCGAUUGGGUUGGCGAUUGAUGGUUUCGGAGUGGGCCCUUAUUACAUCAUCUUUAAGACAACAUCGCCGGGGGGAAUAGGGAUUUGGAUAUUCUUUGGGAACAUUGUUGUCCCAGCUGUUGCAUCCGUUAGUGCACUUGCAGGCUACUCUACGCGCAAACACAUACGGAAUUUGCUCGACGAGCUAAACUCGUACGUAAAAGAUGAUGCAUCGCUACGCAUGUCGACGCAUACAGCAGAUCUUCGUAUGUUGAAUUUUAUUAUUGUGAGCUUGUUGCAAUACGUUCCAGUCAUUUUCAUGACAAAUAUGAUGCUGUUCAACGACGAUGGAAAGCUGGCAAACAAGGUUUCAUAUUUCAUUGGUGUCCUGCUAGGGAAUUCGGGUGGAGCCUUCAACUUUCUGGUGUAUAUGAUGAACGAGCGAGCGACAUGUACCAGUAAGACGUCCAAGGAAGAAGGACGUACAAUGAGAGAGGCUGUUCCUAGUUUUGUUUGCCAGGCACAAUGGAACAAGAGCCAAUCGCCAGUUACACAUAUCCCUGGUGAUGACAUUGGCACACCAGAUGCCUGGGCAGAAGAGUAAUUUCAAGUGUUGCCUUUAUCGGGGGGUUAUUUUUUUACAUGUAUGCAAAUAUACCCAUAAUCUUAAUGCAAUAUUCAAGAAUGUAUAAUCUCAAUGCGAA